AUGCCAGAUUCUAUACACCAUGUAGAUGGAAUGACACAGCAACCAACUCCGUCAACCACUUCUUCAUCGGGGAGACUGCAGCCCCCACGUUCACGGCGUCGGGACAAGCCUCAGCUUAGCUGCAGUUCCUGCCGCCGGCGGAAGGCCCGUUGUGAUCGUCACCACCCAUGUGCUAACUGCUCAAGUCGGGGGCUUGGCUCCUCAUGUGUUUAUACCAACAUUUCAAAUUCAGUCGUCUCUUUUCCUGCUGAAUCAGGUUCGCCAAGCCAUCCUCAGAUCUCCGCCACCAACACGCAGGAUCGCAUAAACCAGCUGGAGAGUCUAGUUCUGGAACUCAUGCACCAGACAGAAUCAAAUCGUCGUAAGUCAAAUAUACGUCUUUCUCAAGCUCCAAGGCUCCCACGAGCGUGGAAUUUCAAGAGUCUCAAGACGUUCUUUGUUCGUGGAAAGUCUACUAAAUUGGAGAAAGCUGAUUUAGUCGUAGAUGGAUCACCAUCAACGAAUCCCCAACACCUUACACCUGAUCAACGUGCACACGGCGACCGAGCCGAUUCGCGCAAAGGUUCGAAGCGAGCAGCUGAGGUGGGAUAUGAAGCGCAGAAUGAUGCUUCACCAUCCCCUUCAGAGUAUGGUAGCUUCAGAACUCCAGAGAUAGGUGCAAAUUAUGUUAGUAGCUCGCACUGGUCUGCCAUUCUGGACAGCAUUACCAAUUUACGAAACUAUAUCGCCAGAGAUGAAGAAAUCCACCCUAGAGUGUUAGAUCCUGUCCAACCAUCGGCAGGCUUUCCGAAACCCCAGUUACUGUACAGCUCUGCAAUGCAUGAAACCUCUGCCUCCAUCCUCAAAAAUCUUCCUCCCCGCCUUACUGUUGACAGAUUGGUGUCUCGCUAUUUCAACUCCCUCGACAUAGCCCCUGGAAUCGUCCACAGUGGUAAAUUUCUCCGCGAGUAUGAAGUGUUCUGGAAGGCACCACAUGACACUCCAAUUCUGUGGGUUGGCAUCUUGUUUAGCAUAAUGUGUCUGUCGACACAGCUUCAGCAGGCCUUUUCUAGUCUCGAAAACUCUACUCCUUCAUACGGUCACCCAAGACAGACAUCACAGGUUGGAGACAGUGAAGAUUUGUCAACGAUGUACAAAGUAAAGGCCAUCCAGUGCCUGCUCCUUGGUCAUUACACAAAAGGCGGACCUUACGACAUGGAGAUCGGUAUAUGGGUCCUAGUGGGCAACAUAGUACAGAUUGCGAUACACAUGGGCUACCACCGCGAUGCAAAACAUUUCGCAUCUAUUUCGCCCUUCGCUGGUGAGAUGAGAAGGCGUAUCUGGGCGAUGAUUGUGCAGUUAGAUUUUAGCGUCUCAACACAGUUGGGGCUUCCCAGGCUGAUUAAAGAGAGCGACACUGACACUGCCGAGCCGCGGAACCUAAACGAUUCCGACUUUGACGAGCAUACUUCUACACUACCAGCUUCAAAGCCAGAGACCGAGGUGACGCCAACCUUGUAUGUCUUGGCUAAGCUACGGUUGCUCUCAGUAGGAGCAAAUGUCGCCGAUGUGGCCAUGCAGCCCCAACCUCACCCAUACGCCGAGAUAAUGGAGCUUGACCAACGAAUUGAGGAGGCUAGGAAAAAAAUCCCAUCAAGUCUAAAAUGGACUGGCCUUGGCUCAUCCCUCAAUGUUCCAUCUCGGAUUAUAGUUCAAAGAAUCUGGCUGGAAGUGAUUAUUCACCAACUGAAGAUUGUUUUGCACCGAAAAUUCCUUGAGCCCUCUCGCUUUGACCAGCAAUAUGAUCGCUCACGCUCUGCAUGCCUGGAAGCUGCUAUGCAAAUUUUGAAUUUCCAGCGCCUGGUUGACGAGGAGACUUCACCAGAUGGCUUACUUUACCAGAGCCGCUGGAUGGUUUCUUCUGCUUUCACAAACGACUUUCUCCUCGCAACGAGUGUACUUUGCUUCUAUCUUCAAGCACAUAAUAAAAAGGACAAAAGUCCUAACAACCUAAUAGAUUCUGAUCUUGAGCUGGACAUGGAAAAGAUCAGAGAGCUCUUAAAAACCUCCCAGACCAUCUGGAGGCGGCAAUGUGCGACAUCAAGAGAAGCUUUGAAAGCCAUCACGGCUCUUGAUUACGUUCUAGAUGGUCCUCAUGGAAGGCCUGAGCUCUCCAUAUCUGAAAACGCAUCUCUAUCUGCUGUUCCGGCCACAGCCGUUUCUUACUUUUCAGGUAAGGAUAUUCCUUCAUUUCCAGCCGCUCGAAUGAGUUACCAACAAUUAACAGGCCACAUGGACUUUACAUCGAACUACGACCUGUCCAGUAUGGCCCUAGCACCUGAAAUGGAAGGAAUAGCAUGGCCAAUGUUUACGACAAACAUGAAUAAUGAUGUCGAGCGGUGGAUUGGCUCUCAGCAGAUGGACAUGGCAUUGUGA